AGGUGAUGCUUGUGGAGGAGAGGAGACCAGCGGGAGCACGCAGGUGCUCAGUCAGCCUUCUGCAGGUGCACACCCUCUGUCGAGACACCGCUGUCCGCCCUGGGGGACACUCAGGUUCAGAUCGGCAUGUCUCUGUCGGGGCGUCCCAGCACGGUGCGGCUGGUGUUCCUCGGAGCGGCGGGGGUCGGCAAGACGGCGCUCAUCCGCCGCUUCCUGCACGACCGCUUCGAGCACAAGUACGUGCGCACGGUGGAGGAGCUCCACGUGCUGGAGUACGACACGGCGGGCUCCGGCAAGGUGCGUCUGGAGAUCCUGGACACGAGCGGCAGCUACUCCUUCCCGGCCAUGCGCGAGCUCUGCAUCCGGCACAGCGACGCGUUCGCGCUGGUGUACGCGGUGGACGACGCGGGCUCCUUCGAGGAGGCGCGGCGGCUGCGCGACGAGAUCCUGCGGCUGCGGGGCGACAAGGGCGCGCCCAUCACGGUGGUGGGCGGCAAGUCGGAGCUCAGCGAGGCCGAGGGCCGCGUGCUGCCGGCGGGCUCCGCCAUGGCCACGGUGGAGGACGAGUGGGACGCCAACUUCGUGGAGGCGUCCGCGCGCACGGGGGGCAACGCCGUCGGGGUGUUCCGCGCGCUGCUGCAGCAGGUGAAGGCGCCGCACCGGCUGAGCCCCGCGGUGAGCCGGCGCAGGGACACGGCGCCCGCGCCCGCGCCCGCCGCGAAGAAGAGGCCGCCGCUGAAGAAGCACAACAGCUGCGCGCUGUCAUAGGGGCAUCUGGCGUGUGUUGGGCGCAUCAUGGACUCUGCAGCUGGACUGCUCGUGUCCAGAUGUUGCUGGUCACCAGGCCGGGGUGCUGUCACAUGUGACUUACAGCCAUAGGAAACUGGACUGCCUCGACAGUGGCCUGGAGGUCGUCUGCUCACACGCGAGGCACUUUAUUGUGUACAGUUUUUACAGUAAUGUCAAUAAAAUAAGAUUUUUUUUUGUGA